UAGCUCCCUCUCAUGACCAUUGAAUACUAUACAAGCCUCCUUUUAUUCUCGCUGUUGUAUUCAACUAACAGCUCACUGGCUAAGUUUUAAUUGCUUCCAAUGAGGUCAGCAAAGGUAUUUAUCGAAAAGCCCUGAAUAAAAGGCUCACACACACACACACACACAAGCACACACGCGCUCACACACAGAGAGAAAAUCCUCCUGCCCGUUGAUUUAUGGAAACAAUUAUGAUUCUGCUGGAGAAUUUUUCAGCUGAGAAAUAGUUUGUAGCUACAGUAGAAAGGCUCAAGUUGCACAAGGCAGACAACAGACAUGGAAUUCUUAUACAUCCAGCUGUUAUCAACAAAACAAAAGUCAAAUAGCAAGCAGCGUCACAGCAACUGAACUUACUACGAACUGUUUUUAUGAGGAUUUAUCAACAGAGUUAUUUAAAGAGGAAUCCUGUGUUGUUAUCAGGAACUAAAAGGAUUAGGCUAACAAUUUGGAAAGAGCAACUACUCUUUCUUAAAUCAAUCUACAAUUUACAGAUAGGAAGAGGUCAAUGACCUAGGAGUAACAAUCAACUCAAGAUUCAAUUUUCAUUAUGUUAUUCAUGAACACCCGGAGCACUACACUAUAAUGCACAAAUGGAUACUGACAUGCAUCCUGCCAACUUUGCUCUACAGAUCAUGCUUUCACAUUAUCUGUCUAGUGGGUACUAUAUCUUUAGCUUGCAAUGACAUGACUCCAGAGCAAAUGGCUACAAAUGUGAACUGUUCCAGCCCUGAGCGACACACAAGAAGUUAUGAUUACAUGGAAGGAGGGGAUAUAAGAGUGAGAAGACUCUUCUGUCGAACACAGUGGUAUCUGAGGAUUGAUAAAAGAGGCAAAGUAAAAGGGACCCAAGAGAUGAAGAAUAAUUACAAUAUCAUGGAAAUCAGGACAGUGGCAGUCGGAAUUGUGGCAAUCAAAGGGGUGGAAAGUGAAUUCUAUCUUGCAAUGAACAAGGAAGGAAAACUCUAUGCAAAGAAAGAAUGCAAUGAAGAUUGUAACUUCAAAGAACUAAUUCUGGAAAACCAUUACAACACAUAUGCAUCAGCUAAAUGGACACACAAUGGAGGGGAAAUGUUUGUUGCCUUAAAUCAAAAGGGGAUUCCUGUAAGAGGAAAAAAAACGAAGAAAGAACAAAAAACAGCCCACUUUCUUCCUAUGGCAAUAACUUAAUUGUAUAUGGUAUAUAAAGAACCAGUUCCAGCAGGGAGAUUUCUUUAAGUGGACUGUUUUCUUUCUUCUCAAAAUUUUCUUUCCUUUUAUUUUUUAGUAAUCAAGAAAGGCUGGAAAACUACUGAAAAACUGAUCAAGCUGGACUUGUGCAUUUAUGUUUAAGACACUGCAUUAAAGAAAGAUUUGAAAAGUAUACACAAAAAUCAGAUUUAGUAACUAAAGGUUGUAAAAAAUUGUAAAACUGGUUGUACAAUCAUGGUGUUAGUAAUAGUAAUUUUUUUCUUAAAUUAAUUUACCCUUAAGAGUAUGUUAGAUUUGAUUAUCUGAUAAUGAUUAUUUAAAUAUUCCUAUCUGCUUAUAAAAUGGCUGCUAUAAUAAUAAUAAUGCAGAUGAUGUUAUAUAAGGUAUAUCAGACCUACAGGCUGCUGGCAGGAUUUGUCAGAUAAUCAAGCCACCUAACUAUGGAAAAUUAGCAGCAUUUUAAAUGCUUUCUAGUGAAAAAUUAUAAUCUACUUAAACUCUAAUCAGAAAAAAAGAAUAUUCUCAAAAAAUAUAUAUGAAAGUCAGUAAAAUAGAUAAUUUAACAAAAGUACAGGAUUAGAACAUGCUUAUACCUAUUAACAAGAACUAAAUUUCUAAUGCUGCUCAAGUGGAAAGGGUAUUGCUAAAAGAAUGUUUCCAAAAAUCUUGUAUAUAAAACAGCAACAGUGAUUGAUGAUAAUACUGUACUUCAUCUCACUUGCCACAAAAUAACAUUUUAUAAUUCCUCAAAGUAAAAUUGAGAAAUCUUUAAGUUUUUUUCAAGUAACAUAAUCUAUCUUUGUAUAAUUCAUAUUUGGGAAUAUGGCUUUUAAUAAUGUUCUUCCCACAAAUAAUCAUGCUUUUUUUCCUAUGGUUACAGCAUUAAACUCUAUUUUAAGUUGUUUUUGAACUUUAUUGUUUUGUUAUUUAAGUUUAUGUUAUUUAUAAAAAAAAUCUUAAUAAGCUGUAUCUGUUUCAUAUGCUUUUAAUUUUAAAGGAAUAACAAAACUAUCUGGCUCAACUGCAAGUUUCCCUCCCCUUUGUGACUGACACUAAGUCUAGCACACAGCACUUGGGCCAGCAAAUCCUGGAAGGCAGACAAAAAUGAAAGCCUGAAGCAAUGCUUACAAUAGAUGUCUCACACGGAACAAUACAAAUGUGUAAAAAAUCUUUUGCCACAUAUUCUUGCCAACUAAUUGGAUCAUAUAAGUAAAAUCAUUACAAAUAUAAGUAGUUACAGGAUUUUAAAGUUAGAAUAUAUUUGAAUGCAUGAGUAGAAAAGUAUCAUAUUUUAAAACUAUGUGUAUUUAAAUUUAGUCAUUUUCUAAUCUCUAGAAAUCUCUGCUGUUCAAAAGGUGGCAGCACUGAAAGUUGUUUUCCUGUUAGAUGGCAAGAGCACAAUGCCCAAAAUAGAAGAUACAGUUAGGAAUAAGGGGCCCUGAAUGUCAUGAAGGCUUGAGGUCAGCCUACAGAUGACAGGAUUAUUACAAAGAUGAAUUUCCACUUCAAAAGUCUUUCAUUGGUAGAUCUUGAUAGCACUUUAUAUGUUCACCAAUGGGAGGUCAACAUUUAUCUAACUUAAAAGGUAUGCUAACCAUUGUGGUUUUAAUUUCAAAAUAUUUGUCAUUCAAGUCCCUUUACAUAAACAGUAUUUGGUAAUACAUUUAUAGAUGAGAGUCAUAAGAAAAGACUAGGUCAACAAAAACAAAAGAUUCAUUUGAUUUUCCUGUGGUUCAUCUACAUGACUAGGAUGUAGGAAAUUAGAAAAACUGCCCUUCCUCAGAUAUACUCUUGGGAGAGAGCAUGAAUGGUAUUCUGAACUAUCACCUGAUUCAAGGACUUUGCUAGCUAGGUUUUGAGGUCAGGCUUCAGUAACUGUAUGCAGUCUUGCAAGCAUACUGAGGGCAGAGGAGGACUUUGUUUUUCACAUGUGUUUCCUUAGUGCCUAGCAGACUAUCUGUCCAUAAUCAGUUUUCAGUGUGAAUUCACUGAAUGUUUAUAGACAAAAGAAAAUACAUAAUAAAACUAAUCUUCAUUUUUUAAAAGGGUAAAACAUGACUAUACAGAAAUUUAAAUAGAAAUAGUGUAUAUACAUAUAAAAUACAAGCUAUGUUAGGACCAAAUGCUCUUUGUCUAUGGAGUUAUACUUCCAUUAAAUUACACAGCAAUGCUGAAUUAGGCAAAACCAAUAUUUAGUGGUAAAUCCAUUCCUGGUAGUGUAAGUCACCUAAAAAAGACUUCUAGAAACCUGUACUUUAAUUAUUUGUUUUUCUCCUAUUUUUAAAUUUAUUAUGCAAAUUUUACAAAAUAAAAUUUGCUCUAGUUACACACACUUAGAAUUCUAGAAUCUUAAAACUGUAAGAGGUCUCCAUCCCUCUUACUCAUUUGUAGUCUAGGAAAUUGAGAUUUUGAUACACCUAAAGUCAUGCAGCUGGAUAGAUAUACAACUGUCACAAGAGUCUAGAUCAAUUAGCACAUGCUUUCUACCCUUAGACUAUUAGUAUUAUUAGCUAGUGGUCUUCUGGGAUUUUUGUUUUUUUAUUUCUAUUGAGAUAUACAUUUGUACACAAACGUAUACAUUUGUACACAAACAUAACUAUGUCUUGGCAAUGCACUUCAUACAGAAUUACUAAUCUAUACUGUGAUGAUCUGACUCAAAAGGAGAAAAGAAAUUAUGUAGUUUUCAAUUCUGAUUCCUAUCCGUCUUUUGUUUACGAAUGGAAAGCUUUGUGCAAAAUAUACAUAUAAGCAGAGUAAGACUUUCUAAAGUGUUCUUUGAAAGAGAAAAUUAAAUAUAUGAGUUUCUAACAAUUAAAAAGGAAAAAAUCAAAAUACAAAAUGAUAACAAAAGUAAACAAAAGAUACUUUCAAAGCAGUGAACAAAACAUUUUGACAUAAGCCAUAAUAUAAAUUAUAAUAUAAAAAUAUAAAAGCCAUAGUAUAAAUUGUCAGCCUGUGAGCUGGCUACAUAUUCAAUUUAAUGACAAGAGAAGGGGUGCUGGAGGUAAAUUCUUAGGGUUUCUAUCUCAUAGAGUUUGCUCUUCUGGUUCUCUAGACUGCCAAACAACAUAAAGAUGUACGAGGGGACCUAGCUGUAGUAAAAGCAACCCUAUAACAACAAAAACUCUAAAACAGUGCCCCUCACGAUUUUCUACUGAAAUAUCUCUAAUAGUAGAGGUAUAAAAUAAGAGGUUAGAGAAUAAUGCAAAGGGGGCCCACCACAGGCAGAACAUUUCUUUUCUCCUAAGUGUGAUUUUUGCAUCUUACUCCAUAAUAUAUUUGUGGUUGUGUUAAUAUGACAAUGUCUGCAAUUAAACACCAGUAAGCAAAAUUGAUACAUCAGAAUGACUUACAGGGCUUAUCAUGCAGUUGCAUUUACAUCCCUACCCCACUGCCAUUUACUUGAGUGUGAAUGAGACACAAGAGAUUCUUUGCCUCCAAUAAUCCAACUUUACACAUAAAUAACACAAAGCUAAAGGAAACCAGAAUUCAAAUUCAUCAUGCAUAGGAGCAAUAACAAAAAUAUUUAACAGUCAGUAUGGGUGAUUGCUGGCCAAUCAGAAUACAUCACUGAUAUAUCAAAACGGAGGCAGGCCACUAGGACUAACCUGUGGGUAUCAUUCCUAUGAUCACCCUAAAACAGAGUUGGGAAAAUAUCUACUAACUUGUCUCUCUGGUUUGAAUUCUCAAUAUGUAUCUUAAUAUGAAAUAGCUCAUUAAAACUUCAUGUGUAACUACUUCA